CCCCUGUAUUUUCCUGGAGGGGGGGGGCGGCUGCCUACGCCACUGACUCUGGGCCGUGGUCGAUAAUGCUGGGCGAUGUGGUUUUGGUUUGAAGUGAUUGGCGAUAUUCUCGUGCUGAACAAUGACAGCACGAACUUGUAUUACACGUCCGUCGGGACAGUUGAAGUUACAACUGCUGCUCAUUCCUCAAAUUGUCCGAUAUCAUUCGUACACUAAUUAUUUCUGCAAAUGGCUCAAAUAUAUCUAUAAAUGCGAAAGUGCAUUUGGUUGCACUUGUUUGUAUAAAUUUUUAAGAUUUGCCACCCUUUUUUAUUUUCGACUAAGGAUACACAAAAUAUACUGACAUUCGAAAGUUAAAAAAAAAAAGUCGAACAACGAAUGUCCAUUUGAGCAAUUCAUAAAAGUGGUAGCUUUAGCUGAAUCAAGAUGGCGGGAAAGUAGGAACUUCUAAACGAAUCGAAAUAGAUCCCGAGAUAGCAUGAAAUUUCGAGCAAAGCUUGUAGAUGUAACAUGUAUACAUCAGUUUACGAACAUUGUUGGCACCAUUGCCAAACUAGUCAAACUAUGCACUUUGCGGAUCACCCGUGACAAACUCUACUUCAUCCUAUCGGAGCAGUUUGUCAGUGGAGGUAUUAGAAUAUGGUGUGAGCUCCCACAGGGCCAUUUUUGUGAUGAGUAUGCAAUGCAAGGUGUCACACCUGAGGCCAAUGAAAUCUACCUAGAGCUAUGUCCAGAAAACGUCCUGAGGGCAUUGAAAACAGGACAGUCAGCAAGAUGGAUAAAACUGAAGCUCACAAAUAAACACACACCAUGUCUGACGGUGGAAGUAGAGUUGCCUUCAGUUGGGUCAUACCAGCGGCUUGUGGUUCAUGAUAUUCCAGUUACAAUAAUCAAACGACGCAACUGGGGUGACUACACUGAACCAGAGAUACCUAAUUUUGAUGUCAGCAUCACAAUGCCUGUGUUGAAAUUGUUGAAGAAUGUUGUUGAGAAGAUGAAAAGUCUAAGUAACUAUAUGAUUUUGUCAGCAAAUCAGAAAGGAGAGAUGAAGUUGUCAGUAGAAACAGACAUGGUUGCAAUCAACACCCAUUUUAAAGACCUGUUUAACCCCUCAUGGAAAAAAGAUGGUGGAGAUGGUGGCAGACAAGACAAAGGAAUAUCGCAACAGGAUCCAACCGAUUUUGUACAAGCCCGUAUCGAUAUCAAGCGAUUUGCACAGUUCCUUUCCAGCCAACAAGUCAACCCUAACAGGGUCAUCUGCAAUAUUAUUGACAGUCGGCUGGUGCAUUUCUACCUUAUGCAUGAUGACUUUUCACUUCAGUACUUCAUGCCUGUCGUUUCCUCUUAGCUUAAGGACAGUGUUUACAUGCAGAGACUGAGUUAGAUGAAAGAAAGAAUGUGGAGGGAGAAUGAUUUUAGGAGAUGGUGUGUUAAUUCCUGUUGUGAGUGGGGAUUAAAAUGUGUGCUGGUGUUUGACCGUUUGUUGAGGAUCAGUGUUUGGAAUAUUUUUAUAGGAGAUGAACAAUUAAUUGGACUGAUUGAUGGAGCAGUGUAAAUACAUCAGCAUUCAAAGACGUGGAUCCCAUGGUAAAAUAUUUUUAAUGUUGUCAUAUUCAUCAGUCUUUUAUUUUUCUUAACCAUAGGGUAUCCUAAUAAUCUGACCAACAGAUCUGAAUAUCUUUGUCAUUCCAGUGCUGUUCUCUGGAAUAUGCUGAAUAAUUUGCUAGUUUGGUAAUCAUAAAUGGCAGAAGUGGUUCAGAGUUUAGUGUAAAUCAUAAUGCAGAGUAUCUAUGCAAUGACAACGUUACACAGAGUGAUCCUAGAGGAUAUGAUGCCGCUGCAGCUUUGAUUCAGGGCAAAUACAACCAGAGAAGAGAUUUUGUGGAGUUGCCUACUAAAUCGCAGUCCAAUGAGGUGUGCAUUACCAUGAUGAUAUGUUUCAGUGUGUACACAUAUAUUCAUAACACAGUGCUAAGUGCUUAUAAGAAUUAAAUUAUCUCUUGUUAA